AUGGCACCUGUUACGGGUUCCAGGAAAUGUCGAAUCCGGGGGUGCCAGAGGAAGACCCUUUUCGUUGGUCCUGCUGACAACGACCCUGCCGCUGCCACUGCCACUGCCACAACCAUCGCCGGCGAGGCAACUCACUGCGCCGACCACUGGCCCGCUGGAUUCAGACCCCCGCCGCAGGAGACCGUCCUCCCGCAGGACGGCGGUUCCUCGCUCCAAGACGGGCAACAGGUCACCCACAGCGCCGACCACAGAGGCAGCGGCACCGGAGGGGGCAACACCUUGCUCGGAAGGCAACAGGCGGCUGCUGUGGGCAACGUCGGUGAAACCGCUGCCGGCGGGCGCGCGGGCAAGGGCAAGGGCAAGGGCAAGGGCAAGGGUAACGGGGGCAGCUCCGUCUCCGCGAGGCCUCGCCGCGCGUCCGGGUCCUUGGCUUGCCGAAUCCCGGGCUGCGGCAAGCGCGCCACCCACGGCCCCCCUGCCGAGGCCACUCGCUGCGCCGCCCACAAGGAGAAAGGGCAGAUCGACCACAAGCACCGCCUGUGCGAGAACACUACGCCCAAGCCCUGCCUAAAGCAGCCCUCCUUCGGGUGGCCGGGGGAGUCUAGGAAGAGGUUCUGCAGCGCUCACCGCCCGGCAGGCACGGUGGACCUCAGAAACUGCGAGCAGGCGGGGUGCGGGACGAGAGCGUCGCACGGGUUUGGGAAGGGCAGGGCUCGCUUCUGCGCGUUGCACAGCCCGCCGGGCACCUCUCUUGUGGCCAACAGGCCAUGCGAGAAGGAAGGUUGCACGGUAUCUCCGAGGUUCGGCGAUGUUGGAGGAAAGCCUCGCUUCUGCGCCUCGCACAAGGAAACGGGCAUGGUCAACCUCAAGGACAGGCGCUGCGAGCAGCACCCCUGCACGAUACAGCCGACGUUCGCUCUCCCCGGAGAGAAGCCCCGGUUCUGCUCGAAGCACAAGGCCGAGGACCACGUGAACGUCCGCCACAAGCUGUGCCGCCACCCGCAGUGCAAGCUGGUGCCCACCUACGGGAUGAGAGGCACCCGCGUCCCCGUGGCCUGCCUGGAGCACAGCGAGGGGGAGAUGGUGGACCUCAAGAGAGAGAGGAUGCGGAUGGCCCAAGCGAGAAAGAAGGCGCCUGCGGAGGCGGCCGCUGCAGCGGGAGCGCGAACGAUGGAGGCGCUGGUGGAGCAGGGGGCGGCGGAGCUAGCGGGAACUACGGUGGCGGGGAGAAAGCGGGCUAGGGCGAGCGGCGGCCUGGGCGGGAACCGGGAGAUCGGGCGAAAGAUCAUGGACGCGAUCUUUACAUCGUCACAGCUAGUGUUGGAAGCAGAGGGGGCAGCCGCCGCAAAUGACGAGUCGGAGUGGGAAGAAGGGUCUGCGGAGGACAAGGAAGACGAGGAGGAGGCAGAGGAGGGGGACAGAGGUCCGGGCAUGAGUUUCCACCUGCCACCGCCGAAGCUGCCGGCACCCCUCUCCGCGCCCCCGCCACCGACGCCGGCACUCUCACCUGGGGUUGUUCCUCGGACGUGUCCCGCUCCCCAAGCGGUGGGCAUGGUACCCGAUGUGGCGGCCGUAGGUUGUGCAGCUCAACCGGAGGCCGUCGCAGAAGAAGAACGGGGACAGCCGGCCGGAGAGCGGGUUGCGCUGUCCGGCUGUGCCGGCGAAGCAUCCGUCGGUGCCGGUGGUGGGGCAACGGUAACCAGCGGUCGGGAAGGCGGGAGCGGAGAUGGCGGCGGCGAGGGCAAGAGUGGAGAAGACCGUAGCACGACACGGGCAGGGGGCGAAAGGGGCAGAAGGAGGAGCAGUAGCAGAGGGGCGCAAAGCUCCUCGCCCUCCAACUCUCGCUGUCUCAUCGGUGUUAGUGCGGGAGAAGACGCGGCAACGGCAACGGUAACGUCGGUUCCGGCAGCGGCCGUUGGGGGCACUGCGAACACCCCGAGCCCGAAGAUGGGCACCAAGAAGACCAAGAAGAUGCGAGGUUCGCGAAAACGAAACAUCGACGUCGAUCCUGCGCAAAAAAAAGUCACGAUUGCGACGUGGAACGGGCACCGCGGGCGAGGCGGCCGGACGAGCACUCCGCCGGAAUCGCAGGAGGACCCGGCUCAACCUCCUCGUCGUCCUUCCUCCUUGACAUCGGGUACAACACCGCUGACGACGACGACGACUUCGACGAAGACGACAACAGCACGAGUAUCGCAGAGAGAAAGGGAUGGAGCCGGAGGGGCUGCCGGAAGGAAUCGCUACCCCACCGCUAGUGGUGGUGCUCAAGCACCACCAACUGGUAAGAUGAAGCCCCCUCUUACGCUAGAGGAGCUGUCCGAGGGUAUGCUAACGGAGGAAGCCAUCCGGGUGGCGGCGGGGAAGGCGACGACACGACAGCUACGAGACGUCUCAAGGCUCCAAAUCGUGAUCGACAGCUCGAAGGUCAGCGUUGAAAGCGUGUGGGACGCGGUGCCUAAACUCCACACCCUAACUCUUGACGGGAGUCGCCUCGAAAGCUUUCGUGACCUCGGGGUGGGCCUCAGGCACCUCAACACGCUGUCCUUGGAGUCAUCCUGCGUGGAAGAUUUGGACGGGAUCGGGGCAUUGUCUGGCCUCCGCGAGCUGCGCCUGGCGCGGAACCGGGUAUCGGACGUGACUCCCCUGGCUUGCCACGGGUGCUUGCAAGUUUUGGGCCUUGAGCGGAAUCGUGUCAGCGACAUGAAGGCGCUGGAGAUUCUGAGCUCCUUGCCUCUUCUAUACAGCCUAAACGUAAGCCAGAACCCUCUCACGGAGUCCCUGAGCAAGCUUCGCGACGGGAGAGGGAGAGGAGUGGUGCGCCAGCUCAUCCCUCAGAUAAGAGUCCUCGAUGGCAUCCAACUUUCCGGCGGGGAGAGCGGCGCGGUCGACGCCCAAACGUUGGAUGAGGCCGUCGACCUCAUCUGCCGGGACGCGUCUCGCGCUCGUGCGGCCUGGUCCGAGGAAGGCGUAACGGAGGCGGCGGCGGCGGCGGCAGCGGCAGCGGUAGGGACUGCAUCAACCGCGACGACCAUCAAGGUUGUUCAGGAAGAUCGAUGGCGACCCGACGGAGUUGGCAAAGAUGAACGCCUCCCGCUCGCCGGGUUGGAUAGUUGUUUUUCUCGAUCUUCUCGAUCACCUACAAAGCCAGGGGUGGCGACGGUGGCGGGGUUGGGCGGAGGCGGGUCCCCGAUACCACCGCAGCUGGUGCCCGAUCAAGGGGGAGGCAUGCACUGGGAUAGUGACUUGACUCAAGGGGGGCGACAGGCACUAUCUGGGAACCCAAGCUCUGCGAUUCGAAGGCACCAAUGCAGGGGAGGGGCGGGCAACGGUCGGAAUGAACACACACCAACACGGGUGCUGGAAACGUUAGACCUUGCUAAGGUCAUGGAGAAGGGAUUGAAACAGAGGCACAGCACGCAGCAAUCGGCAGACAGGGUGUCGGAGUGGCGGAGAGAAACAAACUCCGAUUCCUUCCCUCAAGAAGAAGACCCUUCGUAUGAGCCGCUCGACGAAACUGCUCCGCCUUCACCGCUAGCACUAGAAGCCUUACCUCUUUCUUCGUCGAGCGCUGUCGAGGGUGGGUUUCACCGUCGAGCGGGACUAGUCGAAGGCGGACGUAGGGAUAGCGAUAUCCUCGCAACGAAACCAACAACGACGUGGGCAUCGUUGACGACAAGUGUGGCCAACCCCCCGAAGUCACCAGCAGCAGCAGCAGCGGCAGCAGCUGUCGACGAUGGCGUGAGGCAAAAACUGUCGGCGGGGAAGGGAGGGACGCGAGCCUCGUCCGGCAGGCCGUGGACAAGUGAAGGCGAUAUCGGGGCUAGCGGCAGGGGCGGCGGGAGCGCGAGCGUCACGAAUCAAUGGCGCGCGCCACCUGGACAAGAACAACACGGGGGCGCCGUGGGCGACGAUAGAGGGGGGUCCGGAGGGAGAAGGAGGGGAGGGGAUGGGGAGCCGGAGGCGCGGCCCCAUCGGCGCCGUCGCCGCCCUCAGACGGCCAAGGAGGCUCCCGGGAAGCGAUGCAUGAAUGGAGGAGGAGGACGUUUCGACAGCGAACAAGACGAGACGUUCCGGAACUACAGGAACGCCUGCUGGCAGCCGGUGUGGGAGUCGCUCCAGACCGCACGGUUGAUCUCCUCUCCGAGGCUCUUCCAGACCACGAACAAGAGCGUGGCAGCAACAAACCCGGCAGCCGCGGCCGGCGUUGAACGGGGUGGUUCGGGAGGCGGGCCUGCAACGCAAGCUGGCGAUGGGAUGGGGCGGAAAAUUGGUAGCGUCGACUUUGGGCGGCAGAGGCGGGCGAGAGCGACGGUGAGAGCUUCCCGGGUAGGGGAUGAUGCAAACUAUCUCGACCUCGACGAGUCUGACGGAGCGAGUUCUGCCCGAGACGAAGGGGAAGGGGCCGGGAGCAGCGGCGGUGACGACGCCCAGGAGGCCGACGACAGAACCGAGAUCAAGAAAAGGGCGUCGGGUUUCUGUUCGCCUGCUUCUAAGGCGUCCGGUGGGAGCGGAAUCGCCUCUCGUUUAUCCACCGCUAGAUCCCGCGGCGUCCCGACGUCGUCUUCCUCCCCGUCGGCGGUGUUACCGGCGGAGGAGGAGGCGGCAGCAGCAUCGGCCGGGAGCACGGUUGCUCGCGAGCUGAAGAACGAGGCCACACCGCAGCAGCCAGGAGAUAAACCUGUAGAGGGCAACAGCAGUGGCCGACAACCUCCGAAGGCCCGGCGGAGAGAAGCCGCGAGUUUAGUUUCGCGCAGAUCGCUGCAAGUCAUGGACGACACGAGUAGCAGCGGCGGCGGCAGCGACAACAACAGCAGCGAGGAUGACGGAGACUGCUGCAUCAGGAGAGCUUUCAAACUGGCAGCGUCGGGCAGGAAAAAGAGCGUUCGUCACACGGAAGAUGGUCGCCGUGGGAGUUGUAGUGGUGCGGGUGUUAGUGUUGGUGCAAGCGCUGCUGUUGGGAGCGACGGCGGGGGAAGGGAUGGCGGUAGUAGUAGUAGUACUGGUGGAUUCAGCCCGUCACCAAAUAGGGUCACGUCGAUUCACGCGAGCCGUAUGCUGGGGUUCGACCUGCAGAGGUCUCUGGCGGCGAUCGAGGAGUGGACUGACAAGGCCCCGGCGGCGGCGAUUAUCGGCGGCGGCAACCACUGUGCGAACACUCCGCGCCAAGAGGCGCCGUACGACCUCAGAAAAAAUCGGCCAGCGCCGUUCUUCGUCGAGCACACCGCUUUCCCUUCCCCUUCCCCUUCCGCAAGAGGCACAGCACCCUUCUCCUCACCCCCUGUCAAAUCGAAUUUGCUUGCCGGGCGAGAAUCCGAAGGUGGUGGUGGUCUGUCGAGCACCGUGAUAUCCGAUAGCAGCAUGAUGCCACAGACAAUCGACCCCAGAGCUCGGGCGAAGGCGACGGUCGUCCCCGAUAUCAUUGCCAUUACACAGACCGACGACAGCGACGACGGGGAGGCUGUGCUAAGCGUCGCCGCGGCGAGAGCAGCGCUCGGCAUAAGCAAAGGGGUCACCGCCGCCGCCCUCACUUGCACAACCCCACGGAGCGCGCGUGCAUGGGUUGCUCCAACACCGGCCGAGAUAGACGCGCUCACCGCCGAAGGAAUCGACGGACGCGUUGGUCUCGUCCCCUCCUCCUCCGCGACUCAAGCGUGUGCCUCCAAGCGGUGCGAAUACGGGAGCAGCCAGGCAGGCUCGGCAGGGCCUUCAGCAGGCGUAGCCGUAGGAAUUUGCGACGAGGACCUCAAGGAGAUGCUCAAGAAGCAGCCCCGGAUGGUGCCGGAGCUCCGCACCAAGGAGCACUUCAGGGAGUUCUUCCAGGGCAUGGGGGCCGAGAGGAUGGAGCGACUCCUCCGAGGGGCGUACGAAGACUUGCCGCCGGACCAGGUUGACAAGAAGGUCAAGAAACGCCUCGGGCUUGUGGGCGACAAGCUGGCGUGGUGA